AUGCGCUCAUCGGUCGCCGCCGCCGCCGCCGCCGCCGCCGCAACCGCGCGCGACUACGAUGCAGCCCUAGCCAAGCUCAACCUUUUGGCCUCGAAUCGCGCCAUCACCGCGCUCUUCGAGACGCCGGCGGCGCGGCACGCAGACCCGGCAUCGCCGCCGUCGCCAUCGUCUCGGGACCUCAACGCGCAGGCCAUUCCCGAGAUGCAGACGUGGCUCCGCCGCGCGGGCUACACGCCGGACGACCUCGCCACCAUGCGGCACAUUCACGUCGCGGGCACCAAGGGCAAGGGCUCCGUGUGCGCCUUUGCCACGGCCCUGUUGCGCGCGGCGACGACGACGACGGCGGCGGCGGCGGCGGACCGACGACGACGGCCGGUGGGCACGUACACGAGCCCGCACCUCGUGAGCCCGCGGGAGCGCAUCGCCAUUGACGGCGAACCCAUCAGCCAGGCCGUCUUCGCGGCCGCCUUUUGGCAGCUGUGGGAGCGGUUCACGGCGGCGGCGCGCGCCGAGGGCCGGCCACGAGACGAGGCCGAGGGCCCGGCGUCGAAGCCGUUUUACUUUCGCUUUCUGACCAUCAUGGCCUGGCACGUGUUUCUGCAGGCGGGCGUCCGGGACGUGGUCAUGGAGUGCGGCAUUGGCGGCGAGUACGACGCGACAAACGUGCUGCCGCCGCAGGCCGUCUCGGCGGCGGUGGUGUCGCAGCUGGGUGUCGACCAUGUGGCGAUGCUGGGCAGCACGGUGGGCGAGAUUGCGUGGCACAAGGCGGGCAUCUUUAAGGCGGGCGCCACGGCGUUUGCGCUUGGUCUGCGCGGGGGCGGCGGCGGGGCGAAGGCGGAGGCGGAGGCGGCGGCGGUCAUGGAUGUGCUGCGGCGACGAGCGGCGGAGCGCGGUGCGGAGCUCGUCGAGGUAGACGAGGCGGCGGUGGACGCCUGGGCCGGCGUCGAGGGCGCGGCGCUGCGCGGCGCAUUCCAGAAGCGCAACCAGGCGCUCGCGGUGCUUGCCGUCCAGCAGCACCUGGGCGUCCGGGACGCGGCGGCGAGCACGGCCGAGUCGCUCGCGAGACUCCCAGAGGAGACGCUGCAGGCGCUGCGCGGAGCGACGCUACGCGGACGGUGCGAGGUGGUUGACGACGAGGCGCACAAUGUGCAGUGGAUGCUCGACGGCGCGCACACGCGCGAGAGUAUCGAGCAGGUGGCCGCGUGGCUGGCGGAGAGCGUGGCGGCCGACGACGACGACAAGGAGGCGGCAGAUGUGACGCUCGUGUUUAACCAACAGGAGCGCGAUGCUCCCGCGCUGCUGACGUGCCUCCUGGACGCCGUCGCGGAAGCGACCAACGGCAGGCGCGUCGUCGUCUUUUCGCGGGCGCUGUUCACGAGGAACGAGCAGGCGGUGGAGGAUCACGACGGCGACGUGAGCGUGCAGAGGGCGCUCGCAGAGACAAUGAGGAUGCUUGCGCCGCGGUGUAACGUGAGUGUCUUUGAUAAUGUGCAGAGCGCCGUGGCCGAGGUGAGACGUACGGCGGCGGCGGCGGCGGCUGGUCGCGGCAGGAAGCAAAAGGUGCUGGUCACUGGGAGUUUACAUCUCGUUGGGGGUAUCAUGCGGGCAAUUGAGCCCGACAGUCUAUUAUAG